GUCGUUUACCUACACUCCUGGUUCUUGUCACCGACUAGGCUGACGACCCUCCACGCUCUCGUGGUGCGUAGAAAACGGUACUUGUGCUAGGCUCCCACAUUCUGGCUCAAUUGGGUACCGCAUGCAAAGCGGGCAUCUCUUUCGCUCGCUCAGACGUGUCCCGCCACUCCUCAGGCAGCCAUGUCGUCUUUCCUCCUCCGCCGCUAGCAGCGAUGUCAAACCAUACUACAUUACCACCCCAAUAUUCUACCCUAACUCAGUACCCCACAUAGGUCACCUAUACUCCUUGGUCGUCGCCGAUAUCUUUGCUCGCUAUGCGCGUCUCCGACAUCCAAACAGACCCGUGCACUUUACUACAGGCACGGACGAGCACGGCCUGAAAAUCAAAAAGGCAGCACAGGCGCAGGGCAUGGAGCCACUCCCCUUCUGCGACACGCUCAGCGAACACUUCAAGGGUCUCGUCCAGAAGGCGGACAUCAGCUCGACCCGGUUCUCCCGCACGACCGAGCGCGGGCAUUGUGACGCAGUGCAGUACUUGUGGCGUCGACUAGACGCGAAAGGCCUCCUCUACAAAGACAUCCAUUCCGGCUGGUACUCCGUCUCGGACGAGUGCUUCUACCCCGAACUGCAGGUCACGAAAGUAGUCGAUGCCGCAGGGAACGAGCAGCACGAGAAAACUACAAUUCCGCUUGUCGUCUUUCCAGGACGUCCUGGAGGCGCACUAUGCAACUACAGAGAGGCGAUCCAUCCCCCACAGCACCACGAGGCCAUUCUGCACCAUCUCCGGACAGUUACCCUCCAGGACCUGUCGGUGUCCCGGCCUCGGUCGCGGCUCACGUGGGGUGUACCUGUCCCGAACGACGAUGAGCACACGAUAUACGUCUGGAUCGACGCGCUGACCGUGUAUCUCUCCUCAAUUGGCUUCCCAUGGACGGAUGACGGUAAGGGCUUGAGCAGCGGUUGGCCGUCCGACAUACAAGUCAUUGGCAAAGACAUCCUUCGGUUCCACGCGCUCUACUUCCCCGCGAUGCUCGCCGCGCUCGACCUGCCCUUCCCGCAAAAGCUCCUCGCGCACUCGCACUGGACGAUGGACCACCGGAAGAUGUCCAAGUCCGUCGGGAACGUCGUCGACCCCAUCGCCGCGAUCGACGAGUACGGCAUCGACGUCGUCAGGUACUACCUCGCCGAGGUUGGGGGCCGGUUCAAGGAUGACGUUGACUGGUCCCCCCACCUCGUCAACGCGCGUCGGACGGAGAUCACGUCGAUGCUAGGCAACCUCCUCGCGCGCUCCACCUCAAAAGCGCUCCUCGCGCGCAUCGACCUCUCGAAGCGGCUCGUCUACGGGCGGGACCCCUCCCUCUCCGACCGCCCCCUCGUCGCCAUCCUCAGGACGCUGCCCUGCGACGUCGACGCAGCCAUGUCGGAGCUGCGCAUCGCCGACGCGCUCGCGUACAUCCGUGUCGCCCUCAACACCGCAAACAUCCUCAUGACCGACACCCGCCCCUGGGCGAAGGCCACGCCCGCCUCCGAGGUCCAAGCCGUCUCCCAGGUCGUCCUCGACUGCCUCCGCAUCUGCGGCGUCUUCCUCCAGCCGUUCAUGCCCGCCAAGGCCACGGCCCUCCUCGACACGCUCGGCAUCCCCGAGGACUGCAGGACGUGGGAGUAUGCGCACCUCGCCCGCCCCCCGCCGAGCACGGGUAUCCGCUCUGGCGUGAUACUGUUCUCGAACUCGAAAUCGUCGGGACCUACGCGCCGAGAAUCGCGGAAUCCCCACCAAGCCUAGGCAUGACACAUGUAUACUGACCGGACGCUCUCGCGAUGAAUGGUGGUCAACUUGUGCAUAGAAUACUCAGAUGUAUCGUAUUAAUCGCAUGGAUCUCUACUCCUAGGCGCCGCAGCGACCCUCCGCUCAACUCGCUCGAGAUCCAUGUCUUGAGCCAGACACGCAGCACACCGAUCAAAU